UUUAACUUAUAUAAAAUAAAGGCUGUCGGGUUUCGGAAUAUAUCUUACCAUGAUGCCAGGGGACAGUCAGUCCAAAACGGUAGCAAUCGCCGCGGACGCGACGGUUGGAAACUGUCAAAACUGCUCUGUUUUGCACCAGAGCCUGAACGAAUAUGUGUCGUCAUUUCUGGCGCUGAAGCAGAAGAUACCGCUUUCAGAUGACUCAAUAAUGCUUCAACAACAGCUGGAAGAGCUGCAGAUCAGAUUGAUUGCUCUCGAGAAAAAGACAGCAGAUUAUGAAUCUGUGCAAGCAGAACUUGAAGAAACGAAGGGUGCUCUUAAGGCAUAUGAACAGAUGUCUGAAGAGAUGGUAAAACUGAAGCAGGAAAACAGACAGACAAUGGCAGAGAAAAAUAAGCUUGAAGCUGAGCUGAAGGAUGUGAAAGAACGUACAGAAACACAGUCACUUGAAAAUGCACAGCUGAAGAGGGAGAAGGCCGUGGUAGAAAAUGAUUUGCUGAAAACACAGACAUCUUUGAAGACAUCUCAGGCACAAGCAGAUCAAGUUGAAAAAUUGAUAGAGGAGAAUGCCAAGACAACAAGCAUAAAGGACAACCUUGAAAAGAAAGUUAAACUGCUUGAAGAGUCAGUCUGCAAACAGGAUCAUCAAACAUCCCAACUGACCAAGGAUAAGACCCUGCUAGAGAGAAAUAUUGAUGACCUCCAGGUGAGACUGAUGAAGCUGGAAAGAGAAAGGUGUAAAGAAUAUAGGAGCACAUCAUCUCAAGCAAGUGCCCCUGAGGAGCCUAAAGUUGACAAAGAAAAGAUCCGGAUGUUGCUGGAGAAUUUGUGGGCGUGUGUUGAACCUCAGCAGCAGCAGUCUGCAAACCUGUUGCACUUACAUGUUUCAGAGUCCAGUUCCAAGCAAGGUCUACCCUCCUCUCCACAAAAUAGACUGCACCCUCAUCUGAGUAACACAUCCAGGUCUGCUUCUCACAAGACCAGCGAGUCCCACAGUUGCCCCAUGCAAACAAAAGCCGCUGAUACACAGUUAAAACUCUCCCCUCAUGGGCGUAAAGCCAUCAAGCAUCAAGCAUGUUUGCAGUCAGCAAGUACCAAAAAGAGCCUGCGAUUGUCAAAGGAAAUCAAAACUGGGGAGUCAUCUCCUGUCUUGGGCAGUUCCGAAGUAUCUGUUGAGCAGAUAAUGGCAUUGUUCAAACCAAUGCUUUCCUGUAUAUCGCCGCUACCAGAUUUGGAAACAGAGAUGGAAUCUAUGGAGACAGAUGAUGGAGAAAAGGAAGACCAUCCCAAACCCUCUGCUGAUUUUGUUCCUCCUCAGCAAGAAGAAUCUUUACUUGUCACAACAUCAGUGUCAAACCACUGUCCCAUAUCUUCUGCACUACCAACAAAGGAGAAUGUGGACUUACCAGUGGUCACAACACAGGAAGUGAAGCACAUUUCCAUUGAAAAUUGCUCCAAAGACUUGGGACAAAAUGAGUUGAAUGGCGUUCCUGAAAUGGACAAAAGCAGUAUUGAUGGCAAAGAAGUGCAUCAUGAAAAAGACAUGCAGACUGAGCAGGAGCCAGCAACUGUGCACGUAGCAUCAGCAGCAGCAUCAUCUUCUUCUUCCACGACAGUUUUGGUUGAGGAUAUGUCAUUAACUGCUGAAAGUCCAGAGCCAUCCGGUAGUGCAAAUCCCAGUGGCAUCUGUGAAGCUGAAAAUGCUUUAGGAAAGGUGAAGCUCCUGACGAUGGGGGAGUCACCUGGAAGAAAUGAUACCACCGUAAUCUCUGACGAAGCAGGAGAUGCACAGCCAGUUACUUCCUCUGUUGAUUCCUCAACAUUUGUUGAUGCUGUGAGAGACGCUGAGAUUACAAAUACAGAGAACUGUUCUGAAGUGGGAAAAAGUCAUCAGGACUCUUGUGGUUUAGGACAGGGCAGUCAAGAUGUCACAGCCUUUAAGCCCCAGGAAAAUAAAGGGUGUCUCGGCGAGGACAUAGGAGAUAACCCCUGUUUGUUAAGCAGCAGUGACAGCAUCAGUAGUGUCUCAAAUGAGAAUGUUGAAAAGAGGCUUGAACAUGAUGCAUCCAUAAAACUUCUUGUGGAGGGAGAUGCUAACAAAGAGCAAGAAACUGGAGGAGUUGCUUCUCCCCCAGAGUCAAAUGGUGAUAACAGACCUCCGCCUCCACUUAAGUCCACAGUGUUGAAGGUGGAAGAUGGGGAGUCUCAUGCCGACCUGGACUCUGGUGAAGCAAAUGUUGAAACUCCUUCAAAAAAGCAUGUUGAUAUGGAGACACUGAACAGUGAAAUUCUAUCAGACCAUGGUCCUUCACCUUCUGGCUCCCAAGAGACAACAAGCGUUGACUGUGAAUCUGUGAAAGAAAGUAGACAUUCUCUCUGCAGGAGUUUGAGUCCUUCGUGUCUGUUUCCCACUGUGAAAUUGCUGGCUUUAGAAAGUCACCCAGCCCCAGAAAAACUUAAUGUCGGUUUUAAGGUUGAGCUCAUUUCAACAAACAACAAACCUCUACAGCCUGUGCCAAAUUUAAAGGAAGAAAGAAGGGCUUUAGUCAAAGACUUGCCCCAGGACAGCAUAGAUGCAAGUAACCAUAAAAUGAACGAAUGUAAAUUGGACACUGUUUGUCCUACUACCUCAUUAAAGCAGAGCGCUGCUGCCACAAACGGACAGAAUAAAUGUGCGGAAUCGUGUACAAAUGUGCUUGAAAAACAAAGCAGACAUACGAUCAGAGAGGAAGAAAAUAGCCCAGGAGGAGGUUCAACUACAGCUCAACCACCAGAAUGCAUCGGCCAAGUUCUCUCUGAAAUGGGCCCUCCACUUCCUCGUCUCCUAACCCCACUGAGCACACCUCCGAAGGUGGGCAAAUCCAUCAAUCCAAGGCAGGCUAUUGGGAAACUCUCAUUUCCCUCACCCAUGGAUAGACUGGCGUCGCCUACCACCCCCGUCCAGACCCACAUGACACCCAACGGUCAGCAGCUGAGUUCCUCAUCUCUGAGCAGUCCACUCCUUCCAAACGGAGUCCCCUCCUCACCACUUCAGUUCGGCUCCGCCACUCCAAAGCACGCAGUGCCGGUCCCGGGUCGCCUGCCCUUGACUGCAACGAAUUCCUCGCCGUCGUCUUCCUCCAGUCCAUCUCAGGAAAACUCCAUGAGGAUUCUUGACACCAUGUACCCAGAGCUCUCUGCCCACGCCCGCACUCUGAGCAUCCUCAGAGGGAACGUCAGCCUCAGCAUUUGUUCAUCAGAGAGCGGAACAUUACCGACAACGGCCGUCAGCCAGGUGUCUGGCUUUAAAACUAUUAACUCCACCUCAACGGCCUUCACCAAGACUCAGAUGAGAGGAGAAAAAAGACAGUCCAUUAGUUUGCCUGAGCCUAAAAGCAGCAAGUGUCUCAGGCUAGAUAGCUGCUCUCCUACUGUCAGUCGUAAGCAGGUGCCUUCCUCCUCCUCAAACAGUGGAGAGGAGACCACUCCACCCCAGACUCUGAGCCUCAAACAGCUCACCAAUGAGCCCGCCUCUCCGUACAUGGAAGUUGGAGAACCUGCAGAGCAAAAUCUCAUAGUUAAUGCUUUAAAAAAAAUUGAAAACCAGUGUUUUGACCUGUUGCCUGUGAUCCAGAGCCACCUGUAUGUUGGCAACCUGCCUAAAAAGCCCGUCUUGAGAAGCGAGGAGAAGGAGGUUAUCUCUGAGAUUUGCCAGAGCAGCUUGGCAGAUGAUAUGAUUGUUGCCAUCCUGAACAAACUAAAAGCAGAGAAGGGAGACCUCAGUAUGAACUCCAUGCAGGCCCUCUGCAGAGUCUACACGGGGCUCUGUAGACAGAAGAGAGACUGGGAGAAGGCUCACAUCCUGGCCUACAGCAUUCUUACAGAAGACUUCCCAGACUCUGCUAAGCUGAUUUUGUUCAUGGUGACAACAUGGCCCAGUGUCCUCUCACACAGCAGUUCUCUGUGCCAGGCAAUACAUGCUGUCACCAAACUGAAAGCACAAGAAAACCUCCUCAACUGCCUUUCAGCAUUCCUCGGUUGGGAGAAGAGUCCUCCCUGUGACAUUGACAAGCUGAUCUCCAGAACACUGUCUGAUGUUCGGUCAGGGUCAAGCCUGCCUUUCACUAAACACAGCCGGCACGGGGACGACCUGGGGACUGAGGCUUGGGAACAUGUCUUCACUCUGCACCUCCUUUGUACGCACAAAACGUGGAAGUGGACCUAUGAAAACGUAUUGGGCAAGGAGCUGUGGCCAUUAAUGAACACUUGGGUCACACAGCCCAGAGAUCAACAAACACCCGUCUCUGAUGUGACUGUUGCCACCGUACUCCGACUAAUAGGACGCCUCGGUCAGCUGGGAAUCAAACAGAGGUGUGUUUCCUCUGUGGUGACUGUCGCCAACGUCAUCAACACCUUUGGUAGGCAGGGACAGACUGAAGGUUUGCCAUGGGAGGUCCAGUUAGCAGCCGUCUACUGCAUCUACGACCUGUCUCCCUGCAACCCCAAACAAGCCAUGGAAGCCCUUGCAGGGUGGAGGGGAGAAACGACUCAGAGCGUCCCUCCUGCUGUUACCAGCUGCAUUAACCAGUUAGCCUCUGUCUGCAGACAGGUCAAGAGCUGAGAGACGCACACAUGCAGUACAAAUCAACAUGGGCAUACUGUGUGCAUGUCAGCCUGUACCUAUUGUAAAGACAGCAUGACUGAAAAUAUCACCAUGUACCCCACAGUUCAUUUUAACGCGCUGACUGUCUACCAUUCAGGCACAUGAAAAGUCACAAAUGUGUUUUGUUCUCCUAAAACAGGGUGUCUGGAGGUUCAUUGUAAGUCUUAAACUGAAAUGGAUUGUCAAAGACAGUUUCACAUCUUUUUUUAAUGUGCACUUCUACCUUGAAACUAUGUCUGAUUUUGUAGGAAAUAUUCUUUUUCUUAUGUGAGAGACAUGUAAAAUUUGGUUUCCCUAAAAUUUUAAACUGUCUGCACCUGUAAUAAAUGAACUGGCAUCACUCCUUGCCAUUUUGCUGUACUCAGGUAAUGCUCUAAAAUAUUGUAAAACAUGUACAUGUGUGUUCUGCUUUAACUGUGGCGCUGCUGCAAAUGUUUCUCUAUUCACGUGUAUGUAAAUAUGAGGUAUUAAUGAAAAUAGAGAAUGCCACAGUAAUUGCUUUGUACAGUUUAAAGUUUCAGACAUUAUUUAAUUUUUCAAAUUAAAAUUUCUACAUA